AUGUGGGUUAGCACUUCUGCCUCGUCUGUCCGGUGUUGGCCUGCUGAGCCUGUUGCUUUGACAGGGGGGACCGGGGACGCAUGGGUAGGGGAGGACGGGGAGAAGGCAUUACGGAGAGUGGCGGGUGGGGUGGAGGAGCAAGUGAGAGCAGCAGCAGCGCAAGCAGACGGCGAAGGAGAUGGGGCAAGAGGAGGGGAUGGAGCAGGGGAUGAGGGAGGGGCGGAGAAGAGAGCAGGAGAGGAGGAGGAGGUGGGUAUGUCUCCGAAUGGACCGGUGUUCUGUGCGAGUCCUGACCUCUCCGCUAGCUCAUUCAUCGCCAGCAGCCUGGGGGUCUCCCGCGCCCGCGCCAGUGUGGAAAGCUCUUUCUCUCUCGUUCCCCUAUUCCCCCAUCCCAUCGCCACCAUUCCCGGCACCGCACCCAUUACACGCCAUGCCAUUCUGAACGACAGACGGCACGUGCUCACCCGGGACGAGGGUGGCGUGGUGAAACUAUGGGAAAUCACCCGGGGUACUGUUGUUGCCAACUAUGGUGUGGUGUCAUUUGAAGAAAAGGAAAAGGAACUCUUUGAAAUGAUCAGCGUGAGCCCGUGGUUCUCAGUGGACCUCCGCUUUGGCUGCCUCUCAGUCCACCUGGAGUGUCCCCAGUGCUUCUCAGCUGAGAUCUACGCUACAGACUUAGACGUCCCAGGAGCAUCCGAGGACUUGAAGGGCUCAACGAGAAAACAGUACCCUACCCACCCUCAUGUGCACCCUCCUUAA